AUGCCGAGAAUUCGAAUUACUCCAUUAGGUGCUGGCCAAGAUGUUGGAAGAAGUUGUAUUUUAGUUACUAUUGGAGGGAAAAAUAUAAUGUUGGAUUGUGGAAUGCAUAUGGGAUUUACUGAUGAAAGACGCUUUCCUGAUUUUUCUUAUAUUUGCGAUUUAACAUCAUGUCUUGAUUGUGUUAUCAUCUCACAUUUUCAUCUUGAUCAUUGUGGUGCUUUGCCUUAUAUGACUGAAAUGGUUGGAUAUUCAGGCCCUUUAUAUAUGACAUAUCCUUCUAAAGCUAUUGUGCCUGUACUUUUGGAAGACUUUAGAAAAGUGGUUACAGAACAUAGAGGUGAAACUUCAAAUUUUUUUACUUCACAAAUGAUUAAGGAUUGUAUGAAAAAGGUUACAGCAGUAAAUUUGCACGAAAUUGUUCAUGUAGAUGACCAACUUAGCAUUCAAGCAUUUUAUGCUGGUCAUGUACUUGGUGCUGCUAUGUUUUUAGUUAAAGUUGGAAGUGAAUCGGUUCUUUAUACUGGGGAUUUCAAUAUGACACCCGAUAGACAUUUGGAAGCAGCCAAAGUCCCUCCAGGUCUUCGUCCAGAUAUUUUGAUAACAGAAACAACUUAUGCAACAACUGUUAGAGAAUCCAAAAGAGUCAGAGAAAGAGAUUUUUUGAAUAAAGUACAUGAGACAGUUCAAGGUGGAGGAAAGGUUUUAAUCCCCGUUUUUGCCUUAGGCAGAGCUCAAGAAUUGUGUAUUUUGUUAGAUAUGUAUUGGGAAAGAUUGGAAUUGAAAGUACCGAUAUACUUUUCUGCUGGAUUGGCUUCUAGAGCGACAGAGUAUUAUCGCCUUUUCAUAAACUGGACAAACGAAAAAGUUAAACGUACUUUUGUUCAUCGAAAUAUUUUUGAUUUUAAACAUAUUAAACCUUUUCGAAUGGAAUUUGCUGAUAUUCCUGGUCCAAUGGUUUUAUUUUCUACGCCAGGAAUGUUGCAUGGUGGUCAAUCACUUAAAGUUUUUAAAAAAUGGUGUUCUGACGAAAGAAAUGCAAUUAUAAUGCCAGGCUAUUGUACAGCUGGAACGGUUGGAGCUAAAGUUAUUGCUGGGGCUAAAAAAUUGGAAAUUGAUGGAAAAAUGCAUGAAAUUAAUUUAAAAGUUGAAUAUAUGUCAUUCUCUGCCCAUGCAGAUGCUAAAGGUAUAAAACAAUUAAUUAGAGAUGUUGAACCAAAUUCUGUUCUUUUUGUUCAUGGAGAGGCUCAGAAAAUGGAUAUUCUUAAAGGGGAAGUGGAAAAGGAAUUUGGACUUAACGUAUAUAAACCAGCUAACGGAGAAACUGUUUCAAUAAGUUCACAACCUUCAAUUUAUGUUCAAGUACCUGAACCAUUAAUUAGACGUUCUUUAGCAUUUAUUCCACCAAAAGAUGAAACUUGUCCAAUUGAAGGAUUUUUAUUUUUGGAUAAACAGAGUAAUGAAUUAACAAUGCUUUCAAAUGAAGAAGCAGCAAAACAUUUGGGUGUUGAAUUACAUUCAAUUUGUUUAAGUGAAAUAUUUUGUGUUUCUGAACCAAAAAUUAAUUGGGAAGAACUUGCUGAAAGAUUAAAAUUAAAUAUUGAUCCGGAACUUCAAAUUAAACCGGUAAAAAUUAUUUUUUGA